CCAACAAACCAUCAUAACCUGUAUGAAUUGGAAUAAGUAAAUAGAAAUGGUGUAUCAUAAACAACUAGAAACUUAGUAUUAAAAUACGUUAAACAAUGUGACAAUAGUUGUAUUACUUAAAACUAUGCAUUUCAACGUGUUUAUCACACUAUUCUUAACAUUGUUUACCUUUGUGCUAUGCAUACAUGCAACAGACAAUGAAACCUUCUUCCCUCUGGGCCCAAAAGUAAAGUGUUCCUACCUAUCAUGGGAGUUUGUCAAGUGCAAAGAUCCAGAAGACCUAAAGGGCAACAAAACCGCCAAGGAGAACGGUUUUGGCUGCGUCAAGUUUGGUGGAAUGCGCUUUGAAGAUGUGGAACGUACUAAAGUUUGGUGCACAGUGCUAGAAAACAUAGAGUGCUUUGGAAACCGCACUUUUGAACGCGCCAAUGUGCCGUGCAUCAAGUACUCUGAACAAUAUUUCACCACCACACUGUUGUACAGUAUCCUCUUGGGAUUUUUGGGAAUGGAUAGAUUUUGUCUUGGACAAACAGGGACUGCAGUGGGAAAGUUGCUCACACUUGGAGGGGUUGGAAUCUGGUGGAUUGUGGACAUUGUCCUGUUGGUUACAAAUAACUUGGUGCCUGAGGAUGGCAGCAAUUGGAAUCCUUAUGUUUAAGUAUAAACUAUUUAAUUUUCUAUGAAUAAAAGUUGUGAUAAUCCA